UUUCUUCUAUGGAUUAGAUAAAACUAGCAAAUUUCUUUAAUUAGUUUUAUGGCACCAGGUUUACUCCCUUGUAAGGAGAUUCAUGUCCAUCUCUUAGGGAUCGUUUGAUGUCGUCAGUUUCUUCUUUUUUGUUUACAUAAAAUAGGAAACAAGUUUCAAUAUCUGAUGGCUGGUGAGGAGGGAGGAGAGGGCAAUACUUGUGAUUUAUCUUUUGUGUUUUCAGGCCGGUUUAUAAAUAACUAUUUUGCAGGGCAUCAUCCACCGUAUUGAGGCUGACGAUGUGCUUCUGAAGUUCAGCAAGAAUUUCCAUAUGAAUUAUCAAGUUGGAGUUCUGUACAACAUUAGAUUUUCAUAUAAUAGGGUGAACAUGCGAAGAUUAUAUCAUGCUGUCCAAGCAGCAGAGAGUUUAGAUACAAAUUUUCUCUUUCCAUCUCAAUCAACAAAAAGAUUAAUCAAAAUGACUCAAAUCGUGCCUUUCACACCUCUCAAUGAGGAGCAGCAGCGAGCUGUUGAGACGAUCCUUGGUUGCGAAGGAGCUCCUCCCUAUGUCAUCCAUGGGCCUCCAGGUACAGGCAAAACAAUGACUUUGGUGGAAGCAAUCUUACAACUAUAUGCAACAAGAAAAGAUGCUCAUGUUCUUGUUUGUGCUGCUUCAAACAGUGCAGCGGAUCAUAUCUUGGAGAAACUUGUCAAUAAUGAAGCGGUUGGGGUCAAAGAGAACGAGAUUUUCAGGCUAAAUGCAACUAGCCGGUCUUAUGAGGAUGUUCAAGCUAAUAACAUUCGCUUUUGCUUUUUUGAAGAUUUCAUUUUCAAAUGUCCACCGCUCAUGGCCUUAAUGCAUUAUAGGGUCAUCAUCUCCACCUAUAUGAGUUCAUCACUACUUUACGUAGAAGGUAUUUGUUGCGGCCACUUCUCACAUGUCUUCUUAGAUGAGGCCGGCCAAGCUUCAGAACCAGAAGCCAUGGUUCCUAUAUCCAAUCUUUGUGAAAGCGAAACUGUUGUCGUUCUUGCAGGAGACCCCAUGCAACUAGGCCCGGUAGUAUAUUCCAAAGAUGCAAAGGUUUUCGGGUUAGGAAAAUCUUAUCUGGAAAGACUUUUUGAAUGUGAAUAUUACCACAACAGGGAUGAAAGUUUCAUCACAAAAUUAGUGAGGAAUUACCGUUGUCACCCUGCAAUUCUACACGUACCUUCGAAGCUAUUCUACAGACAGAAAUUGCUUGCGUGUAAAGAAGAUACCUCUUCUUUGAAAUGUUGGCUAAGCCUCCUUCCUAACAAAGAAUUUCCUGUUCUCUUCAUUGGCAUUCAAGGCUGCGAUGAGAGAGAAGGCAACGAUCCGUCAUGGUUUAAUCGAAUUGAGGCAAGCAAGGUUGUUGAUAUUGUAAAGAAGCUUAGAGGAAGUGAAGGUCUAAGGGAGGAAGAUAUUGGGGUAAUAGCACCUUAUAGACAACAGGUGGUGAAGAUAACAAAAGUAUUGGAAUCAUUUGAUAUGGGCAGUGUUAAGGUUGGGAGUGUUGAGCAAUUCCAGGGACAAGAGAGAGAAGUUAUAAUUGUUUCAACUGUGAGGUCAACAGCCAAACACAAUGGGUUUGAUAAAACCUAUUGUCUGGGUUUUCUUAGAAAUCCGAGGAGGUUUAAUGUUGCGGUUACUAGGGCGAAGUCCUUGCUUAUCAUAGUUGGGAACCCACACAUUGUCAGUAAGGAUCCGUAUUGGCACAAGCUUUUGUGGCACUGCUUUGACAACAACUCCUACCAAGGCUGUCCUCUCCCAGAAAGACGAUAUUAUGCAUACAAAGAGCCUAAUUUGGAAGACAAUUGGAAUUAUGAAGGAGGUACCUAAACAUUUAACAAAAGGACAUGAACGGAUAUCUUAAUUUCCUCCUCAGUCUGUUAAGAAUGAAACUGAAUAAUUGGCAACAAGGUUUUUCAAUUUCUUGAACUACAAAUUCCUAAUUAAAAGAUUAACUGCUUGAAGAUUAUAUACAUGACAAGUAUGGGAUAAAAUGUGUUCUAUUCUACGGUAUGCUCUUUAAGAUAUUAUGAUUGAAAGCAAGUUGAAAACAAAGUUUUAUGUAGAACUUAUAUA